UAUCUGCACAAGAAGAUAAAACUGACACUGCAGCAUCUGGUUGGGGUAUGGGGUCACAGGACAAUAGCCAAUUUAUCAAAGAGAUGUGCAAGAGUGCAGAUGAAGCGGCAAAAAAGGCUUUUGAGAGCUAUUCUACUAAUCCAUGCAGAGCAAUCAUAGUAAAGACUGACCAGGUAAAUACCAAAACUCAGUAAAAUGACAUUCAAGUGUCCUUUUCACAUGUUAAAAAUGACAUCGAAGUGGCAAUGCUUAUGACCAUAUUGUAGUAUCACAUUGAAUGUAUAUUACUUCCUUUUCAAUAAACAUAUACAUAAUAAAUAAUAUGUGCCAAUGUCACAGGAGGAUCUUCCCAAACAAAAACGUGUUGUUAGGUCACCAGUGAAGCACAUGGGAACUGAGCAUGCAUCAAAGAGGAGGAGGAGAGAAAAGGGAAAGAAAAGAGAAGAUGAUGAAUUUCUGCCACCCAUGAAGCAAAUAAUUGGACCUUUCUCUGAAGAUCCAACAGACAGCCCACCAGUUGAAGAAAUAGAGAGGGUGAAAGCGUACCUGCAAGUUGGAUUGCUGAAGAACUUCCAAAAAAAUAAAACCGGCAGAAGGUACAAAAUAGAGGAAGACAGAAUGACUGAAAAACCAUUCUUGCUGGACACAAUGAAAGUUGAAUCCAAAACAUGGUUAUACGACCUGUUUAUGAAUCACCAAUGGAUAACUGACAAGCAUGUUGAGGUAGUAAUGUACUAUUUCAACAUGAAAAGGGUGCAUUACCAAAUGCCUCAGAAGUUUACCACAACUGGACCAUUUUUCUUGCAAAUAGUCAAGCGUGAACUUGAUACAAUAUCAAAGGGUCACUACACAUACCACAAGUCAGCAGAAGAAGAAAACAUUGUGCGUGAAAUAAUAGGUUCUAACAACUUUAGCCUGCACUGGAGCAAGGCAGACUUUGUGUACCUUCCUCUGAAUACUGGACAUCAUUGGGUCUUGUUAGUGCUUGAUAUCAAACAGAGAAAAGUAAGGGUGUACAACUCCAAUGCCAGAAAAGGUGAUUCACUGAGGGAUAUCAGAUCCUAUAUUCCAAGCAUAACAGUGCUCCUACCCAAACUAAUGGAUUAUCAUCAAGUGUACGCAUUGAUGGGUGAAGAGCCUAUGGGCGAAAGGUUUUUGGAAGUCGAGCCUGUAGAAGAAUGUCCACAGCAAGAUGAUGGGUAAGAGGAUAUAAAUUUACUUAAACAGAUUGUGUAAUAGUGUACUACUUUAUUAUUUUAAGAAAGUGCUUUUAUUUUGGUUGUUAUGAAUCAGGGGAAACUGUGGAAUGUACAUGUUGAAGAUUGCAGAAUUUCUAAUGAUAGGGAUGGACAUGGAUGCCAUAUAUCCUGAAGCAAUACAAUUCUUUAGGCAAAAAAUGGCAACUGAGUUGAUACUAUAUAGCGAGAGAAGGCAGUGUCAGAAAGAAUGAAGUGAUGCUUUAGAGACAAUGAUGCUUUUGUUGGAAGACUAUUUCAUAUGUACUAGUACUUUUAAUAUCAUGGCAUGACAUCAAGUACAUUUGUUUGG